AACAAAAUGGCAGGUGUUGACACAUGUUACAUCAGUUCUGGAUGUAACAGGACGCCCCACUCGGCUGACUGGGGGAACAAUAAUGUCAUUUGUUACGGAUCAUCUAGCGCUAUUGUUUUGUAUCUGCCUGAGACAAGAGAGGAACAGACUGAAGGCCAAGUUCUGCAAACAUUAACUGGACACAAAGCCAACAUAAACUGCAUUAAAUGGAUACCAAAGAGGGAUUACGAGGAAGAGACCGAGUUAGUGUCUGGAUCAGUUGACAAAACUGUGAGAGUCUGGGAGAAAAAUGAAGAAACUUACAUAGUGAGGCAAAUUUUAGUGGGACAUUCAGCACCAGUUACUGCCCUUGAUGCUCUGUAUGUAACUUCAGGGAAUGGAGAGUCUAGUCAAGGGAAGCAACUCUGUAGAACUGUGAUAGUAACAGCCUCAGUGGACUCUACAGUCAAAAUCUGGACACGGCUUUCAGAUCAAGAUUUUUUAGAGACACAGUCUGUCAGCUAUGGUUCUGGGUUUGCGCUGGAUCUAUCAUUGACUGUUAUACCUAAUACAGCAUGUUUGAUGUUAUCGUGUGCAUGUGAUGAUCAGAAGGUACAUGUAUAUACUGAACAAGAAAGUCAAGAUCAAACACAGUUUGUAUCAUCUAUCACACUACCAGGACACGAAGACUGGGUCAGGGCUGUGGACUUUACAAUAGACGAUUCAGGAGAUAUUUUACUGGCAAGUGCUGCCCAGGACUAUCUGAUACGGGUAUGGAGGUUCUCACACAGAGAUACAGACACUGGGAAAAAAAUAGAGUCCAUUCUAGAUUUACCAUUAGACAAAGACAUUCAGAUGAGAGAAAACACUUUCUCAUUGAAAUAUAAAGAUCAUCCACUGGUAUAUGCUGUAAGUCUGGAGACCGUGUUAAGUGGACAUGAAAACUGGAUUUAUACUGUUAAGUGGAAACCUCGCAUCUUUGUUGAUGGUAAACUUCACCAGGAGAUGUGUUUAUUGUCUGUUUCUAUGGAUAAAACAAUGAUACUAUGGAAACCUGAGCCAGAGUCUGGGGUCUGGACAGAACAGGUUAGAGUUGGAGAGGUAGGGGGUAACACCCUUGGUCUGUAUGGUGGAAUGUUUGGUUGCCGUGGUGAUGCCAUCUUAGCCCAUGGUUACCAGGGAGCCUUUCAUCACUGGUCACACAAUAAGGAGUUGGAUAUAUGGGAACAUAUGGUUACUUGUAGCGGCCAUUUUGAUUCUGUGGAGGAUAUAGAGUGGGAUAAAAAGGGAGGUAACUUCUUGCUGAGCUGUAGUUUGGACGAGACAGUGAGGUUACAUGCCCCUUGGGUGAAAAAAGAUAGAAAGGUUUUAUGGUACGAGAUAGCUCGACCACAAAUUCACGGAUAUGCUAUACAGUGUUUAGCCAUGAUAAACAGAUAUCAAUACGCCUCUGGUGCGGAUGAAAAAGUAGUGCGUGUGUUUGAUGCUCCUGAUAAUUUUAUAGAAAACUUUUGUAAUUUAUGUGGUGUAAACUUUGAAAAUGAAAGUAAAAGUGCAGAAGCUAAAAAUAGGCCUGUAGGUGCAAGUGUACCUGCUCUUGGACUUUCGAAUAAAGCAAUUUUCUCUGAUGGUGCAACAAAUUUAACGGAAGAUCUGGAAAUUAAACCUGGUGAUAAUGAACAGUAUUCAGAUAAUGUUUUUACACAGACUUUGCUCAAAGCGCCCCCUAGUGAGGAACAUUUACUACAGAAUACGUUAUGGCCAGAGGUACAGAAACUGUAUGGACACGGAUAUGAAAUAUUUGCUCUAGCAUGUGAUCCACAGGGAAAGGUCCUGGCAAGUGCUUGUAAGGCAGCCAAAGCUGAGUUUGCAUCUGUGAUAUUAUGGGAUACGGUUACCUGGCAACAGAUAUGUGUUCUUGAAGGUCAUAACCUCACUGUGACACAGAUUGUGUUUUCACAUACUGGAGAGUAUCUACUAACUGUAUCAAGGGACAGAACUUGGUUUUUAUACAAGAGAAAAGGAACAGACAGUCUUGAAUCAGAUCCGUUGUUCAUGCGCAUUGCUAAUGUUGACAAGAAGACAUGUGUACAUUCUCGAAUUAUCUGGUCAUGUUGCUGGUCACAUGAUGACAAGUAUUUUGUUACAGCAUCUAGAGAUAAAAAGGUGAUAGUAUGGCAGUGUCCUGGAGGACCAGACACUGAAGGAAGACAUAUCAGCAAGUUAGAUGUACCAGAUGCUGCCACUGCUGUUGAUGCCGCCCCUGUACUGCUGUCUGAUGGAAGUUACAUGUUUGCUGUUGGUUUGGAUAAUGGACAAAUUCUGCUGUACAGUUGGUCCCCCACUGAACCAUUGUCAUGGAAACAGCUGACUUCACUUGACAACAACAUGGCUCAUCAUCUGACUGUGAAACGUCUUCGUUUUCGACCUUGUUCCGGUUUAUGUGGUAUCCAUGGCAGUGACCUUGAAAGGUCAGAGGUGAAGGACACUGAUAAUUGGCUACAACUGGCCAGCUGUAGUGCUGAUCAUUCUGUAAAGAUUUUUGACAUUAAUCUACCUAAGCUUGUUUCUUGACGACUCUGAAAUCUAGGACAAGAUGAAGCUUCAUUUAUUUACUAAAUUAAUUGUUUUUGAUGAAGUUUUUACCAGAUCAGGUAUUCUUAAAAGUUAAGUGCCACAGAUAAAAACAAAGGAAUCCUGGAUAGCUCUACAGGCUAGUGUUGCCAACAAGAGAUACCCUGCUAAAUUUCUAUAAUGAACUUGUCCAUCUUUCAAUUUGGACAGUACCAUUAACUGUUAAAAGGGGUGCUUACCAAAAAGAUACUGAUUGAAUGGCGCACAGUGCAGAUCAUGAUCAGACUGCAUGGAUGUGCAGGCUGAUCAUGAUCUACACUGGUCGCAAAGGCAGAAUCAGUCGUCUCCAACAUGAUAAGGGUUAAUUGCAAUAAACAUUGUAACAGUACGUUUGUAUAAAAGGCAAAUUUAUGUGCUUAGUUUGAAAAGUCUUAAUACUCCAGCAUCUUGUUGUUCCUGCAACACCGUCUGGAAGUUGACCAAUUGGAGCUGUGAGACAGGUCUCCAGACUUUGUUUUGUAUACAUUUGGAGCCUAGACUUGUGAACUAAACUGGAGUGUCGUGGAAUAAACUAAAGCUUUGUGAACUUCACAUCAGUUUUAAUAGUAUAGUAGGCAUCAAGUUUAAACAGCAAAGAUAACUCUUGUUUGUAUUUUUUGUAUGUUUUUAUAACCACCAGCUGAAUCAGAGAAUGAAAAUUAACAUAUAUUCAUAACCGUUUGCUUUAAAGAACAACUUGUUACAGCUAACCUUUUUUGUUACUACUAUAAUGGUGAAAAUACAUGAAAUAAUUGAAGUAUAA